UCGUUCGUCGAUUAUAAAUCCAGUAUCAUCCGUGUUAUUCAUCACUUAUAAUUCAAUGUAAUGUCGCAUUUGAGUGUAAAGACACGUUAUCAAUCACUCUGAUGAUAUGGCACCUAAGAAGGGCGAGAAGAAGAAGGGCCGCUCGGCCAUCAACGAGGUGGUGACCCGCGAGUACACCAUCAACAUCCACAAGCGCAUCCAUGGAGUCUCCUUCAAGAGGAGAGCUCCCCGUGCGCUGAAGGAGAUCAGGAAGUUUGCGGUGAAGGAGAUGGGCACACCUGACGUCCGCAUCGACACCCGUCUCAACAAGGCUGUGUGGGCCAAAGGUGUCCGGAACGUGCCGUACCGCAUGCGUGUGCGUCUGUCCCGCAAGCGUAAUGAGGACGAGGACUCCCCGAACAAGCUGUACACGCUGGUCACAUACGUCCCCGUCACCACACACAGAGGUCUUCAGACUGUAAAUGUGGAUGAAAAUUAAGUUUCUCUUCGUACCUGUUGGAAUAAAAACAUGAAAGGA